AUGGCAUCCAAGUCUGCCUCUAUGCAGUUCCUUCGAGAAUACAAGCUCGUUGUGGUAGGAGGGGUGGUGUUGGCAAACUCGUACCGCAAGCGAUGCGUCAUUGACGAUGAACUAGCGCUUCUCGAUGUGUUGGACACGGCGGGACAAGAAGAAUACUCAGCGAUGAGGGAACAAUACAUGCGAACGGGAGAGGGCUUCCUACUAGUCUACUCCAUCACAUCGAAGCAGAGUUUCGAGGAAAUCAGCCUAUUCCAGCAACAAAUCCUAAGAGUGAAGGACAAGGAUUACUUCCCAAUGGUGGUUGUUGGCAAUAAGUGCGAUUUGGAGAGUGAGCGAGAAGUCAGCAGGCAAGACGGAGAAUCGCUCGCAAGGUCUUUCAACUGCAAGUUUAUCGAGACGUCAGCAAAGUCCAGAAUCAAUGUCGACAAGGCCUUCUACGAUCUCGUCCGCGAAAUUCGAAGGUAUAACCGCGAAAUGCAAGGCUACUCGACCGGCAGCGGAGGUAUUUCCGGCAUCAAUGGGCCUCCUAAGCCGAUGGACAUCGAAGGUGGCGAGAAGGAGCCUGGCUGCUGUGCCAAGUGUGUGCUGAUGUAG